AUGACUUCUCCAGACUCGAUCGAUGUAGAAUCGACGUCUGCGUCCCCCAAAGGCGUGUUGAUCGUCGAUAACGAAGAAGCCCACGCUCAGGCAGUUGCAGAAAGCCUGAAUCGGGUGGGUUACGCCUGCACCGUGGCCACUUCGGGUACCGAGGGGGCCGAAGAACUCGAGCGGGGCGACUACGACGUGAUCAUCACCGACCUGGUGAUGAACGACCUCGACGGGUUAGGCAUUCUAGCCAAGGCCAAGCAGGACCUGCCCGACGCCGAGGUGGUCAUCGUCACCGGGCACGGCAGCGUACCCUCGGCCGUCACGGCCAUGCAGCAGGGGGCGUUCAACUACCUGCUGAAGCCGCUCGAUAUGCGUCAACUGCGGACGGUGAUCGAGAAGGCCUGCGUCGCGGCCGAGCUGCGACGGACCAACUUCGAGCUGAACCGCCGUUUGGACGAGAAGUUCGGGUUCGAAGGCGUCAUUGGCUCCAGCCCUCAGAUGAACGAGGUGAUCGAUCGGCUGCGGAGGAUCGCGCCGACCAACGCCAGCGUGCUGAUUCAAGGCGAAACCGGCACCGGAAAAGAGCUGGUCGCGCAGGCCCUGCAUCAGAACAGCCCUCGCAAGAACAAGCCUUUCGUGGCACUGAACUGCGCGGCGUUGAGCGAGAACAUUCUGGAAAGCGAACUGUUCGGCCACGUGAAGGGGGCCUUCACCGACGCCUCGACCGAUCGCGUAGGCAAGUUCGAGUACGCCCACGGCGGAACGCUAUUUCUCGACGAAGUCGGCGAUAUGCCGAUGGCCACGCAGAUCAAACUUCUCCGCGUGCUGGAAAGCGGAGAGAUCACCCGCGUGGGUUCGAACGACCCCAUCAAGGUGAACGUGCGAAUUGUUUCAGCGACGAACCGCGAUCUGGAAGACGCCAUCGAGGCCGGCACAUUUCGCCGCGACUUGUACCACCGCUUGAAGGUGGUCACCAUCGUGCUGCCGAACUUGAAGGACCGCAGCCAGGACAUUCCCUUGCUGUUGGAUCACUUCAUCAAGCAGUUCGCCAAGCAGCACGACAAGAUGAUCAAAAGCAUGUCGACGGCGGCCCGACGGAGGUUGAUCGCCUUCGACUGGCCCGGCAAUGUGCGGCAACUGCGGAACGUGGUCGAGAGUAUGGUCGUGGUCGACUUCGACGGCAUUCUGGAUGUGGACGACUUGCCGGAUGAACUAUCCGAGUCGGCAGACAGUUCUGGCGCCGCCCCGGCGGGCUCGUUGAGCAGCCUGGUGGGCAAGUCGCUGUCUGAUGUUGAGGGGCUGUUCAUUGCCGAAACGUUACAAGCCACCGGGGGCAACCGCGAAGAGGCCGCCGCCAUGUUAGGGAUUGGCGAGCGGACCUUGUACCGAAAGAUUAAGGUGAUCGAGCGGCCCGCGAGCGUGGUGAAGGAACUGCUGGAGAACUCCGUUGACGCCAAGGCAAAGCGGAUCGAGGUCUCCAUCCAGAAGGGCGGGGCGGAGCUAAUCCGGGUCUCCGACGACGGGCACGGCAUCGAAGCGGACGAGCUGAUGCUGGCCGUGGCCAGUCAUGCCACCAGCAAAAUCAGCGACGCCGACGACUUAUUCUCCGUCGGCACCCUGGGUUUCCGUGGCGAGGCGUUGGCCUCGAUUGCUGAGAUCAGCCGGUUUUCGAUUCAAAGCCGUACGGCCGAUGCCCCUUCGGGGAUGCGGCUGGAAGUGAACGCCGGCAAGGCCGAAGAGCCGGUGCCGUGUGGGUGUCCGGUGGGGACGACCAUUGAAGUGGGCGAUCUGUUUCUCAACACACCGGUGCGGCGGAAGUUCCUGCGAACCACGCAGACCGAGAUGGGGCAUAUCGGUGAGGCCUUCAUUCGCAUCGCGCUGGCCCAUCUGAAUGUGCACUUCACGCUGCGUCACAACGAUCGGCUGGUUCACGACCUGCCACCGACGACGAACUGGAGCGAUCGUAUUGCGACGCUGUUCUCCCGCGAGAUGGCUGAGAACCUGAUUUGGGUCGAGAGCGCCGAUGACGAUGUGCGGCUGGCUGGGUAUGUGGCCCAUCCGAGUCAGAGUCGUGGCAAUCAGCGGAUGCAGUAUCUGUUCCUCAAUGGCCGGCACAUUCGCGACCGCUCGUUGCAACACGCCCUGGGCGAAGCCUAUCGCGGCCUGCUGCUCACGGGACGGUAUCCAAUCACGUUUCUAUCGCUCGACAUGCCGCCCGAGGGUGUCGAUGUGAAUGUACACCCAACGAAGCUGGAGGUGCGUUUUCGUAACGGCUCGCGGUUGUACAGCCAGCUGUUGGGCACACUGCGAACGAAGUUUCUUUCGACCAACCUCGAAACCCGCUUCCACGGUCCCAGCAGCGACGAGACGAAUUCAUCGCACGACACGGCGGCCGCCGCGCAGAUCAAGCAGGAGAUGGUGGCCUGGGCCCAGGGUCGUCCCGGGGUCACCGUCGACAGCCCGCACGGGUCGCCGUCUUCGGGGUUUGGCUCAGCACCUCACAGCCGGCAACCGCUGGUGUUGAACAAGCUCGACGACAGUUGGCGUUCCUCGGUAGGACGUACUACCACUUCGCCGGAACUGGGAAGCGGGAUGACCGAGGAGGCUCGCCCUCAACUGACCGAGGUUUCGCAGCCCGAGAGUGCUUCGCCGCAGGAAGGCAACACGUCGGCCCUGCAGAUUCACAACCGGUAUCUGGUGUCCGAAACCGACGAUGGGAUGGUGGUCAUCGACCAGCAUGCCCUGCACGAGCGGAUUCUUUACGAGCAGCUGCGUGAGAAGAUUGCCACCAAGGCCUUGGAGAUGCAGAAGCUGCUGGUGCCCGAGCCGGUCGAUUUGGGCUCGGCCGAAGCCGCGGUGGUGCUCGAUCAUCGCGAGAUGCUGCUGAAGCUGGGAAUCGAUAUCGAGCCCUUCGGCGGCGAUACGGUGCUGAUCGUGGGCUACCCGGCGAUGCUGGCCAACCUGCACCCCACCGAGAUGCUGCACGCCUUGGUCGAGCAACUGAUGACCGAGGGCAAGUCGCCGGAAACCCGGGACCUGAUCGACGAAUUGCUGCACAUGAUGUCGUGCAAAGCGGCCAUCAAGGCCGGCGACCGGCUGAACCCCGCGGAGAUCACGGCCUUGCUCGAGCAGCGGCAUCUGGUACAAGACACACACCAUUGCCCUCACGGUCGUCCCACGGCCCUGGUUCUCACCCGCGAGGAACUGGACAAGCAGUUCAAACGUCGGCAUCGGCACAUGAUCGCCGAGCACGGCCACCUGGUCGAAUUGGGUGCCCAACUCGUCGAGCUGCGGUUGGACUACAUCAACGGCGAUGUGAACAUCCGCCGGUUGCUGGCCGAUCGCAAAGGCCCGGUGCUCAUCAGUUGCCGUCGCGAGGUGGAUGGCGGCAAGUGGAGCGGCACCGAAGAGGCCCGACAGAUGCUGCUGCGUACGGCCGUGGCCGAAGGGGUCGACUACGUCGAUCUGGAAGACGACAUCGCCUCGAACAUUCCCCGCUUCGGGCAGACCAAACGCGUCAUCAGCCGGCACGACUUUCGCAAAACGCCGGAAGACCUGGAAGCGAUUCACGCCCGCAUGUCGGAGUUGGACGCCGACAUUAUCAAGUUGGCCACGCUGGCCAAUCAUCCUCACGACAACGUGCGAAUGUUGCAGCUUGUCGAGAAGAGCGAAAUCCCCACGGUUGGCAUCUGCAUGGGCGAUAUCGGUACGCCCUCGCGGCUGUUGGCCGGAAAGUUCGGCGCCCCGUUCACCUUCGCCACGUUCCAUCACGAACGGGCCUUAGCCCCCGGUCAGCUUAGCUUUCAGCAGAUGACCGAGGUCUAUCGCUACGAUCAGAUCAAUCGCGACACCACUGUGUUCGGUGUGAUUGCCGACCCGAUUGGUCAUAGCCACAGCCCUUUGAUUCACAACGCGGCCUUCGCCGACAAAGAGAUCGACAGCGUUUACCUGCCGUUCCGCGUUCGCAAGCAGGAACUGGGCAGCUUCAUGGACGACGCGGCGAAUCUGGGCAUCAAAGGCUUGAGCGUUACGAUCCCGCAUAAAGAGACGGUGCUGCGGCACCUCACCAAGCUCGACGGUGCGGCCCGACGCGUGAGUGCGGUGAACACGGUUGUGUUCAGCGACGACGGCAUCAUCGGCUACAACACCGACUACCGUGCCGCGAUCGAUAGCUUGGAAGAGGGCAUGGGCGGCAAGACGGCCGAUGGGUCGAGCCCCGUGAAGAACAAGACGGCGCUCAUCCUGGGCGCCGGCGGAGUGGCCAAGGUAUUCGCCCACGCUUUGCGGCGGCGUAACGCCCAUGUAAUUAUUGCCAGCCGCACCAGUAGCCGUGCCGAUUCGUUGGCCGAGCAGGCGAAGUGCAAGGCGAUCGACUGGUCGGCUCGUCACGGGAUUUCGGCCGAUAUUCUGGUGAACUGCACCCCCGUGGGCAUGCACCCCAACGUGGAUGAGACGCCGUUUGAUCGCCACCACAUGCGGCCCUCGAUGGUGGUCUUCGACACGGUGUACAAUCCCGAGUCGACUUUGUUUGUGAAAGACGCGAGGGCCCGAAGCUGCGUGGUGGUUACUGGGGUCGACAUGUUCAUCCGCCAGGCGGCGCUGCAGUUCAAACUGUUCACCGGCCAAGAUGCCCCCAUGGGCUUGAUGCGUGAGCGGCGACCGAUGAGCGUGGUGUUAAUCGGGUAUCGAGGGACCGGCAAAAGCACCGUCGCCCGACUGCUGGCCCAGCGGUGGUCGCUGGACGCGGUCGACGCCGACUGCGAGCUGGAAUCGCGAGCCGGCAAGACCAUCGCCGAGAUCUUUGCCGCCGAGGGCGAAGGGGCCUUUCGCGAUUUGGAAACCACGGUGCUAAGGGACUUGGUUCCGCGGGAGAAGACCAUUGUGGCGGCCGGCGGGGGGGCCAUAUUGCGGGAAGAAAACCGAAAGAUCAUCGCGGAGGCCGAAUGGAUCGUAUGGUUGAAAGCCGGGGCCGAGACGAUUGCCGCGCGGGUGGCGGCCGACGCCACGACGAAUGAGCGACGACCGCAGUUGACCACGGCCGGGGGCAUGCAGGAGAUUGUGGACUUGCUGGCCCAGCGAGAACCGCUGUAUCAGCAAAUGGCCGAGUGCGAAGUUGAAACCGAUGGGCUCGGCGCCGAGGCAGACACAGUAGGCGACGUUUUCAUGCUGCCGAUGGAACUGCGGUUGAUUGGACUGGGACUGCUGGGAGUUUGCAUCGGCUCGCUUCUCAACGCGGCCAUCUAUCGCUUGUGUUGGCACCCCCGUGCGAUCAGUCCCUGGACCGCACAACUGCAAGAAGCCCCGCCGAGACGCUGGUCUGAUCGUGUGCCUGUGGUCGGCUGGUUUGGCUUGCGGCGCGAAGUGCCGCAGCACGGGCCGGGGUUUUGGGUGCGGCCCAUGCUGGUCGAAGUGGCCACUGGCCUGGCGAUGGCGACACUCUAUUGGUGGGAAGUGGCCGAGCUGAACUUGCAGCCGCGUCCACUACCGCCAAACCUGUCGAUGGCAGUGGUUCAUGCUCAGUUCGCGGCGCAUGCGUUGUUGAUGUGCCUAAUGAUUGCCGCCUCGGUGAUUGACCUGGACGAGAAGACCAUCCCCGAUGAAAUCACCGUGCCCGGCACGUUGCUGGGGCUGACGGCGGCGUUCAUCUUUCCAUGGAUGUUGCUGCCGGUUCCCACGGCAAUCGGGGUUCAAUUCCUAACACCGGUUUCGCCCAACCCCUGGCCGGCGUGGAUGGAUGGCAUGCCGCAGGUGGGUUCCAUCGUUCUGGCUCUUGCGGCGUGGUGGAUUUGGGUGCUGGGUUUAUUGCCGCGACCGUGGCGAACGCAGCGGGGCUGGGGGGUGGCCAUUCGGUUGCUCUCGGUGCGGAUGUUCCGUUCGCAGGGUUCUUUGUUCGUGCUGGGCAUUGGACUGGUUGGCAGUAUGGCCAUCGCUGGAGCCUGGGCUUGGGGCGAUAGGAACUGGCAAGGGUUGCUGACGUCGCUGGUGGGGUUGCUGAUCGGCGGGGGAAUCAUUUGGGCCGUACGCAAUGUAGGCACCCUAGUGCUCGAACGGGAGGCGAUGGGGUUUGGCGAUGUUACGCUGAUGGCGAUGAUCGGCACGUUCCUGGGUUGGCAACCGUGUUUGAUUGUUUUCUUCGUGGCCCCAUUCUUCGCCCUGGCGUUUGGUGUGGUGCAGCUUGUGGUGCAUCGCGAUGCCGAAAUUCCCUACGGACCUUUUCUGUGCAUGGCCACCAUGCUCAUCGUGCUUAGCUGGCGGACCGUGUGGGAAGGGGUGGCCAACGUGUUCGCCCUGGGGUGGUUGAUCGGGGCCGUGAUGAUCGGGCUACUGGUCGUACUGGCCGGGCUGUUGAUGCUCAUUCGGGUGAUCCGCGAGCUGUUUUCCUCCGCUCCCGCCGAGUAA